AUGGCCGUGGCCUAUGUGCUGCGUAUCUCCAAGCAGGUCCUCAAGAGCGUCAUGACAAUGGGCGAUGGGUGGAUUCGACGGAUCGCCAACAACCCUAUGGGGGAGCUGAACCAGAAGAUUGACAACCAGCGAUGUAAUUUGAAAAAGGGACGCGACUUUGCCCUGGCGGCGGAGCACAGGGCGAGCGGCAGCAAGGGCAAGGGCAAGGCGGAGGGUCAGGACGAGGAGGAGGAGGAAGAGGAAGAAGAAGAAGAGUUAUAG